AUGGAUGCAUUGCAUGUGCACGUGCUUCCCGCUCGGCGCACCCAUGUCGUGCCGAAAGAGGCUAGAGCGGCCGGGAGCAACCUCAACGAUGCGCCAGCAAGCAAGCAGGCCUGGACAGGGCUGGACUGUGUCUAG